UGACCAUGUGACUACUGUGUCCAUCAUAUGUUCUCUCUCUCUCUCUCUCUCUCUCUCUCUCUCUCUCAUAUCAAGACCUUGAAGUUGGUGCUAUGAAGAUUCCACUCUUCUUCUACUGAUAGAAUCGUUGCGUUUGGGAGUGUAGAUUCUAAAUCGGAGUUUGGUUAGUCCGAACCUGAACUGAGUUUGCUUGGAUUUGAGCUCGAUUGUACGUUUCGAAGCUUAGAAUCAGAACGGAAGUUCGUUUAGUUGAAAGAUGAAACUGAUUUUGAUUGAAUUUCGGCUCGGAGUCACUAAAUCGGAGUUCCAAAGAAUACUGUAGGCAGUCUUUGAGACGUAAAAGUCGAGAUUGGAGUUCGUUUUGAUCGAAAUUAGAGAAUUUCACUUCAAUUUGAUUCUAUUUCACGGAAUCGGUUUUCCAAAAUGUAGAAUUAGGUAGCGUUUAGCAGGUUAGAAUCAGAUUUAAUAUCGAUUUAGCUCAAAAUCAAGCUGAUCUACUAUUAACCUCCGAUUCCCGGAAGGAAUUGGAGUGCUCAAACCACCAUCAUAGACUCACAGUGGGGGAAACAAUGAGAUCAGUUUGCAAAUUUUGUCUCGAUUUUGCCUCUGAAAUCUGCCUUCUGGUUGCAGUAGGGUUAAUUUUUGCUGGUGGUUGGGCAAGUAGGUCAUGUUUAAUCAAUCAACGCAUGUGAUAGUUUGUUUUAGAUGUUUACUGUGAUUGUAAAUGAAUGCUAUAAAUCUUAUUCAUCGUAUUACCAUCUUUGGCAUAAAUCGUUUGAUGUAACUUUUCUUUGAAAAAAGGGAGGAUCAAUCGUGAUAUUUGUCAUGGAAACAAGUCAAGUCAUUGUCAUUCCAUUCCAGAAAUGGGAGAAUCCAUGUUUGACUUUUCCGCUUCUCAAAGUAGUUAUAUUCGAUUACACUUUAAUCACUAUCUUGUUGUUUGAUUAUCUUUUCAUUUUAAAUUCAGAAUUAAGAGAACUGCUUGCUGGUGGACUCAUCCGCUUCAAAUAAGUGAUGGUGGUUGAAUCAUGGUUUCGUGGUCUACUAAAGUCUUCAAGAAAACACGACCAUGGUCAAGAAAAGGCCCAGAUUGGAGUAUUAGCUUUUGAAGUAGCAAGCUUACUAUCAAAGCUAGUUCAUCAAUGGCAUUCUCUUAGUGAUAAACAAGUUGCAAAAUUAAGGGAAGAAAUUAAUAACUCAGUGGGUAUCAAGAAACUUGUAUCAGAAAACGAUGAUUACAUAGUAGAUUUGAUAUGUGCAGAAAUGCUACAUAAUUUGGACUGUGUUGCAAGAGUAGUCACACGGCUUGCAAAAAGAUGCAAUGAUCCUCUUUUAAAAUGCUUCGAGCAUGCAUACGAUGAUUUAAUCAAGUCAGGUGUUGACCAGUACCAGUGGCAGUUGACCUGGAAAAAGAUGAGCAAGAAAGUCAAAAAGAUGGAGAAGUUUAUUUUAAUCAACGCUAAUUUGUAUCAAGAAAUGGAAACCCUCACAGAGCUUGAACAAAUUUUAAGGAGAAUGAAGAGCAAUGAAGAACAAGAUAGCAUAACUUUGGUGGAAUAUAUGAAGAAAUUAGCAUGGAAACAGCAAGAAGUCAAACGGCUAAAAGAGUUAUCUUUAUGGAACAGGAGUCAUGACUAUGUGGUUGUCCUUCUCGCAAGAUCCAUCUUCACUAUCUUCAAUCGAAUCGGGUUUGUUUUUGGAAUAAACCACGUGUUACCUCUGGAAUCUGAUUCAGAUUCCGAUUCCGUUUCCGAUCAUAUGUAUAGAAGUCAAUCAGUAUCCACAUUACUUCAAUCUUCCAUUCACCCAUCCGAGAAUCGCAUCACUUUAGGAAGCAUAAUAUCAAGAUCCGGCCCGAUAUCAAGAACCAACAAUCCAAACAAUUUCUAUUCCGGUCCACUUGGGAAUUCAACCACGGUUUCCGGUCCCAUCAAGCGCAAAAACAUAACUUAUUCCGGUCCUAUAAAGUCAACAUCAAAAUCCGGCCCGCUAGCUCGCAUGUCCAAAACCGGAAUCAAACUAUGGAAUGGAAAGAGCCCGACACCACAUCGUUUCAGCACCACCGGACCUUUCAAAGGCUGUAUGCUCGCCGGAAACGGUUCUCCGGUGAAGCACUGUUAUAUAAAUCCAAACGCCACCUGUUCCACGACCCCACAAACAAUCAAAGAAUCUGAAAUGGAAAUCCAAUUACCAAACUGUGGCCCCAAACACAAAGUCUUUGAAGCUCCACCAGAAACACUUGGUGCUGCUGCUUUAGCUUUGCAUUAUGCUAAUGUUAUUAUUGUUCUUGAGAAACUUGUGGCUUCCCCUCAUUUGAUUGGUCAUGAUGCGAGAGAUGAUUUGUAUAAUAUGUUGCCAAAAAAUGUUAGGAGUGCUCUUAGAGUGAGGUUAAAACCGUAUGCCAAGAGCUUGGCAUCGUCGGAAUAUGAUAUGGGUCUUGCGGAGGAAUGGAAUGAGGCGAUAUCGGGAACUCUGGAAUGGUUGUCUCCGCUUGCACAUAACAUGAUAAGAUGGCAAUCGGAAAGGAGUUUUGAACAUCAGAAUCUGCUUUCCAAGACGAAUAUGCUUCUUGUACAGACUCUUCAUUAUGCGAAUCAGGAAAAGACGGAAUUGACGAUUACUGAGCUUCUUGUUGGGUUGAAUUAUAUAUGGAGGUUUGGGAGAGAAGUGAAUGCAAAAGCUAUGAUGGAAUGUGAGAGUGGUGGGUUGAUUGAUGAGUCUGUUGUGAACUCAGUGAGUUGAUUAGCAAGCAGCGUGUUGAGCUUCAUAUCAAUGAUAAAGGGUGUUUCAAGAUGCUCUGUUUCCUCAAGGCAAUUGCUGAUGAUGACUGAGCGUUGAGGUUUUGGCAUGGAAUUUGGAAUUGAUGGAUGGAUGCCUGAUUGUAGAUGUAUAGCUAAUGGUGAAAACAAUUUUAAUGAUGUGGAUUUAUUACCCUACCCUAUAAGAGUUCUCCUUAUAAAAUAUAAAAUGUUUCGAGUGA